AUGACCUUCCCAAGGAGGCAAAAGAGACGACAAACUUUCUUCAGCCUACCUCUCGAGCUCCGCCAGGUCAUCUACGAGCAUCUCCUCCAUGUCCCAGAGGAAGGCAUGAUAGCACUAGGAGACGACGGACCCGGUUACUUCGAUGUCUUGGACAUGCGCGCAAACGUCUCCAAAGCGGCGCCCCAACUACGUCAAGAGCUCCAAGAGUGGACCGCUGCCCGUCACAGACUCACCAAGAAAACACGAUUCUGCCUAAAUGCAGGGUUCGAAGAUUGCCCACACCUGCAAGAGGAAUUGCUCGAGCUGAAAACAUCCUGGCGAUCCGAAACUCUCAAAACAGUGGAGAUUUACGUCAAUUACGGGGAGACCUGGGAGCUCUUCCAAUGCGACUGCAACGAUUACAUGCCCGAAAUCCAGUACAUUGGCGAAUGUCAACUCGAGCAGAUGUACAAGUACAUGGAGGCGGUGGUGGAGUUGCUCAAUGCUGGCUGUGAAUCGAUCGAGCUGCUCCAGAUCCGGCACGACCGUGCUUGGUGGAACACGGCGUGGUUGCGCAAGAGUCUGAAUGAAGAUUUCGACCUGUUCGAGUUGGACGAUUUCAUUCCAAGCUUUGAUGGUCUCCAUAAACGCUUCGAGCCACAGUUGUUUGGGGAGAAUACGGUUCUUGAGUAUCUCUUGCGUCCGCUGCAAGGGUUGAAACGAUGUGUUCGCGUCGACAUGGAGCAGCAGGGUCGGCGGGAGAGCAUAGCGGAGGAAAGGAAGGCGAGAUCGGAAGAUUAUGUCGGCAAAGUAGGCUUGGUCUACGAUUGA